AUGCCGUCCCCGCUGGGGCUCACUUUGUCCGCGUGCGUCCUGCUCGGCUGGGCGUUGCUCACCCGCGGCGCGGGCGACGGGGGCGCGGGCCCGGGCGGCGGGCGCCGGGAGAGAGAGGCGCUGCCGCCGCAGAAGAUCGAGGUGCUGGUGCUGUUGCCCCAGGACGACUCGUACCUGUUCUCCCUGGCCCGGGUGCGGCCGGCCAUCGAAUACGCGCUGCGCAGCGUGGAGGGCAACGGCACCGGGCUGCGGCUUCUGCCCGCCGGCACUCGCUUCCAGGUGGCCUACGAAGACUCUGACUGCGGCAACCGCGCUCUCUUCAGCCUGGUGGACCGCGUGGCGGCGGCGCGCGGCGCCAAGCCCGACCUCAUCCUGGGGCCCGUGUGCGAGUACGCGGCGGCACCGGUGGCUCGGCUGGCGUCGCACUGGGACCUGCCCAUGCUUUCGGCCGGUGCGCUGGCCGCGGGUUUCCAGCACAAGGACACCGAGUACUCGCACCUCACGCGCGUGGCGCCCGCCUAUGCCAAGAUGGGCGAGAUGAUGCUCGCCCUGUUCCGCCACCACCAGUGGAGCCGCGCCGCCCUGGUCUACAGCGACGACAAGCUGGAGCGGAACUGCUACUUCACCCUCGAGGGGGUCCACGAGGUCUUCCAGGAGGAGGGCUUGCACACGUCCGCCUACAAUUUCGACGAGACCAAAGGCUUGGACCUGGACGAUAUCGUNCGCUACAUCCAGGCCAGCGAGCGAGUGGUGAUCAUGUGUGCAAGCAGCGACACAGUCCGGGGCAUCAUGCUGGCGGCGCACAGGCACGGGAUGACCAGCGGAGACUACGCCUUCUUCAACAUCGAGCUCUUCAACAGCUCGUCCUAUGGAGAUGGCUCGUGGAAGAGAGGAGACAAACACGACUUUGAAGCUAAGCAAGCAUACUCAUCCCUCCAAACAAUCACUCUACUGAGGACAGUGAAACCUGAGUUUGAGAAGUUUUCCAUGGAGGUGAAAAGUUCUGUUGAGAAACAGGGGCUCAAUGAGGAGGAUUACGUUAACAUGUUUGUUGAAGGAUUUCAUGAUGCCAUCCUUCUCUAUGCCCUGGCUUUACAUGAAGUUCUCAGAGCGGGCUACAGCAAGAAGGAUGGAGGAAAAAUUAUCCAGCAGACUUGGAACAGAACAUUUGAAGGGAUAGCCGGCCAGGUGUCCAUAGACGCCAACGGAGACCGAUACGGGGAUUUCUCCGUGAUCGCCAUGACCGACCCGGAAGCCGGCACCCAGGAGGUGAUUGGGGAUUACUUUGGAAAAGAAGGUCGUUUUGAAAUGCGGCCCAACGUCAAAUAUCCUUGGGGACCUUUAAAACUGAGAAUAGAUGAAACCAGAAUCGUGGAGCACACCAACAGCUCUCCUUGCAAAUCAUGUGGCCUAGAAGAGUCAGCGGUGACAGGAAUCGUAGUAGGGGCUUUGCUGGGAGCUGGAUUGCUAAUGGCCUUCUACUUUUUCAGGAAGAAAUACAGAAUAACCAUUGAGAGGCGAAACCAGCAAGAAGAAAGUAACAUUGGAAAACAUCGGGAGUUAAGGGAAGAUUCCAUCAGAUCCCAUUUUUCGGUGGCUUAAAAGGAAGUCUUUUCUUUCACUCUGAGAUCCUUUAAGGAGAUAGAUGGGAUGAAAGAAAUUAAUGAAAACAAAAGGGCGCUCUUGAACUCAUUCUUUUAGUCAUUUCAUUGUAAAAUUUCUUUAGAAGCUCAGGAACUAUGAUUAAUCAUCAUAUGCCUCUCAGUCUUUCAUCUCAUGACAAAUAUAAGAUUAUCAAGUCACCCUGAUAAUGUUCUUGCUGUUCUGAGGGCAUAUGAUUUGAUGUGUGUUUGAAAAUCUGAUGUCUCCAUAUGUCUUGAUCCUUUGGGGGCAUUCAUUUCACACAAAGCUAUAAAAUGUGGUUUUCUUAAAUGAAAUGUUUUAUAGCUAGAAUAAAAUAAUUUUUACAAGUAGAAUAUUCUUGGAAAGAAUUCUAACACCUAAGAAUAGGAAAAUGUGAUGAAAACCUCACGGUUGGAGAUGGAGCAUUCCUCUCUCCAGGCUGGGGUAGAGCUGAGGCUGAGAUGUGUUCUCUGUCCAUUGUAUACCUGCAUUCAGGUCCUGACUUCACCAUCCUGACAAAGAAUUUCCUCCCUGUCCUCCUUUCAUGUCUCAUAAGAGCUACUCUGGAAAGCUAUAACUAUUAAUGAGAUAAGAGGAUUUGUACAAGAGAAGCAAAUAUAAAACUUUUUUUUA